AUGGGCACAUGCGACCAGACGAGCCCGGCUCUGCAGAAGCAGCUUUUUGUGCGCUUGCCCGCCUGGGCCAAGUCAAUGAAGCAUUGGAGCGCAGAAGCCUUUGCAAGGAGGUCGCGGCUGCAGUGGCAGUGCAUCGACUGCUCGGGCGCUUGCAGCCUUGACGAUGCCUUGGCAGAGCAUGUGGAGAAGCUGGUCAAGGCCAAAGAGGCGCAGGACCGGAAGGACCAGGAGCUCCGCCAGGCCCUGAGUGUUUUUGCGGUGCACGGAGCCGUCCUUAAAAUGAGCGCGACGGAGGUGGGCCUGAGCCUGAAGCAGUUGGAAUCGCUGGCGCAGAAGCGGAGAUUUCAGAAUUGGGAAGAGGUGCAGGAGCGCACGCUUGCUUUGGCCCGUUACCGGGAAGAACACAUCAGGGAGGCGGAGCAGGGCAGUCAGGAGCUCGAUGCGGUGUCCAGGCAACUGCAGGUGAAGCAGCUGCUCCAUCAGAAUGCUGAUCCGAACGCUCCGGACCGGCGCGGCUACACGGCCCUCAUCUACGCCGCAUACGAAGGACACCAGGGGGUCAUCGAACCCUUGCUGAGUGCGGGAGCGCAGCUGGAGGCCCGUGAUGAGGAAGGCAAUACAGCCCUCAUCUGGGCUGCCGGCAGGGACCACCUGCAGGUGGUCGAGGCACUGCUGAAGGCCAGAGCCCAGAUGGACACGGCCCUAGUCUAUGCUGCAAAGCAAGGCCACUUGAAGGUGGUCGAGGCCUUGGCGAAGGCUGGAGCCCAGCUGGAGGCCCGAAAUGGGGAUGGCAUCACAGCCCUUAUCCAGGCUGCGCGCUGCGGCCACCUGCCGGUGGUCGAGGCGUUUCUCAAAGCUGGAGCCCAGCAGGACGUCACCAACAGCAGCACAGCCCUCAUCAAAGCUGCUGAGCGAGGCCACUUAAAGGUGGUCGAAGUGCUGGUGAAGGCCGGCGCCCAGUUGGACGCCCGCAAUAGGUAUGGCCUCACAGCCCUCAUGAAAGCUGCUAGGGAAGGCCACCUGAAUGUGGUCGAGGCGUUGCUUAAGGCCGGAGCUCAAGUGGACGCCACCAGUCCGCGUGGCAGAACAGCCCUCAUGUAUGCUUCAGAGAAUGGAAACCUGAAGAUGGUCGAGGCUUUGGUUCAGGCAGGAGCCCAGCUGGAUCUCGCCGAUCGGUACGAAGUCACAGCCAUCGUGUAUGCUUCAGCGAAAGGUCACUGGGAUGUGGUCGAGGCAUUGCUGAAGGGGACCCGCGACGUGCCUGGCCUGCGUGCAAUCAAGGCAUUGAAGGAGGCGGCAAGCAAUGAGGACAGCUUGUAA